AUGGUGCUCACAGAUGAGCCAUACAAUCUGAAAUACAUGCCGACAAGACGGAACAUCCUUAGCGCGUUGCGAUGGAUAGUGAAAGACGCCCAGCCUGGAGAUUGCUUAUUCUUUCACUCUAUCCAUCCAGUUGACUGGGAACGCGCUGGUGAGAUUGUGAGCGAGGACUUAUACGACGUCAAACCCCUACCCACUGGCUGCUGCCUUAAUGUGUUGUUUGAUUCAUGUUAUUCUGGAUCUGUCCUUGAUUUGCCAUACAUCUAUCAACCCAGUGAUCACCUGAAACAGCAUGCUGCGAACUCUCGAGCUCUUACAAAAUACCCGCAAGCUCAUGUGGUAUUGUUUGCAAGCUGUAGUGACUUCCAAGGUAGCGGGGGCAUUAUCAUAAGGGGUGGAGAGUUUCUUGGAGCCAUGUCCUCUGCCUUCAUCUCGUCCCUUACGACCAACCCAACCCAGACAUAUUUGCAGGUACUUGCGUCUGUGCAGGUUAUCUUACGUCGGACUCAGAGGCAGACGCCGCAGCUGUCGAGUUCAUAUCCAAUUGAUUCUAGUCAACAAUGCCUCUUUUAA